AUGAAGCUGAUGGAGCCUUUCAUGGACAAGGGAAGAACUGUUACCACUGACAAUUACUUUACAUCAUUGUCACUCGCUGGACGACUGCUCAGCCGGAAAACUACUCUUGUUGGCACCAUAAACAAGAUUCGUCGCGAGCUUCCACAAUCAGCAAAAGAAUCUUCGGACCGCAACGAAUUCACCACACAGGUGUUUUCAACCACUGGCACCACACUCACAGUUUAUGCGCCCAAGAGGAAGAAGACCGUCUGUAUCCUCAGCACCAUGCACAACAUAGUUGAGAUUGGGGAUAACCGAAAGAGGAAGCCAAACACAGUCACUGAUUACAACACCAUGAAGUGCGGCGUGGACAUUAUGGACCAGAAGGUUCGACAGUACACCGUAAGCGCAGGAACACGGCGAUGGCCAGUUGCCGUGUUUUACAACAUGAUCGACAUGGCAGUGAUGAAUGCUCACGUGCUGUAUCAGGCAUGCACCGGAGUGAAGGAGAGAAGGGUGGACUUCAUGGCGCAGCUUGCAACUGAGCUUGCUAAGCGGUUUAUGCAAGAAAGGAUGGUGGACAAGGAGCAGCUGCUUUUGCAACAACCUGCCACACCACACCCAGGGAAAAGGGCCAAGUGUCAGGUGACCGUCCAGUGCAAGAAAAAUAAUGCAACCUUGCACUGUGUGGACUGCUACAAGUACACCUGUGGGAAAUGCAAGAAGGAGACUGACUGGCAGUGCCAGAUAUGUGCCAACAGAUCACAUCAAUGA